AGCUAACGAACUGGGGAGCUGAAUGUGAUGUUGAAUAAUGACGAUAGAUGGCAGAUGAGAUAUUAAAAAUAACCUGAACAGAAACUUUGUUUCUUGCUGAAGAGCAAUAUUUUUAUCGAAAGUGUAAACAGUGUGAUUUUGUUAAAAUACUGGAAUGAUUUCGUGACGGGGGGAAAUAUGCACAGCGCUGGCAGGACUAGAUUUUUAUUGACAGGCAUAUUGAAGUGUCAUAAUCGCAGCUGUGUGAGGAUGUAUUCGAGACUAAUUAAGUGGAGGGAAAGCGGCAUGGGAUACACGCCGAUGGAUUUCAAAAUUUAUACACAAUUGGUGGAGGACAACCUGAGGGUUGACAAGGGCUACGCGGUGGCCCUCUUGAAGAAUAACAUGCGUAUCAUUAGACUCGAUGAGGAAAGGAUUGUUAAUAAUUGUCGUAUAUGCCGGACAGAAGGAAAAUGUGGACCUGCAGGACAGCAUCAAUGAUUUGAAGUUUCUGGAGUUCAGUGAGGACGAUUUAGAGAAUAGAAUUUUAUUGCUGAAGGAGAUGGGAGCACAGUACAUAUCAACUGCAAUGCUGAAAUUGUGUGCAUCGAGGAUCCACGUUGUGACGUUCAAAGCCUACACUAAAAUACCAGAUGAUGUUGUUAUAUCCGAAAAAUUAUGCUCCCACCUCCACGCACCUCCCUCCGACGUUCCUGCUCUAGUUGACCUGAACGAGUUGAUGACUGUCAAGGAAUACAGAAAGCAGUGCUUGGCCCACUGGCUGAAGUGGAGGCUGGAGAUACCAGACACUGGCCACAAGCUCAUCGAAACCAUGACCAAGGCAUUGAGGUACAAAAGCUUUUCGAGACUGCGACAGUGCUUCGAUAUUCUCCACAAUGAGCUUGGAAUAUCUGUGCAAUUGAUUCGAGAGAAGAAAUAUCUCUCGCGGAUAUCAUCAUCCAAUCUGCGAAAAAUCCUGACCGACAUACCGGAAAUUUGUGGUGUUUCCACGAAACAGUUGUUGAAAAAUCACCCGUCCCUCCUCAAAAUGAAGUACCAAAACGUUUUUCAUGUCAAGGAGCAACUCGAGGAUCUCGGAAUAACAGCCGAGCAAGUGUUAAACGUCCCCCAAAUAUUGAUGGCGAAUUCCGCCAGUGUCGACAUUGGUGUUGAAACGAUAAAGACCACCCCGGAACUGAAAAUAUUAAUACAUCAUCCAAAUCUACUGCAAAUUCUGUUGACAAAGGAUGGCAUCCAACAGCGAAUUGCAUAUCUCCGUUAUCUGCGUGUCAAUGGGAUAACAGUGAGCACUUUGGGAAGAUCAAAAACUAACUUUGAUCGGUUUCUACGGUCGGGGGUGCAUCGGAUGAAGGGGGAAGAGAUCGCUGUUCUGUUGAAGAAAUAUUUAAACAAGAAUACCGAUGAAAUUCAGGAGGGAAUCAAGAAACAUCCCUUGUGGAAACACGUGGAUCUCGUCACUAUUCAGGACACCUUGAUGUACCUGAUGGAGUAUUUCGAUGUUGAUGAUAUUUUUAAAAAUAUUCAGCUACUUCUUUACUCUAGGGAUAAAAUCGAGUAUCCACUAUCGAGUCUCAUGACAGUGAAUCAACAGAUGCAGGAGAGUAAUCGUUUCACCCCCAGUCAAUUGUUGGCUCUAUGUGCCUACCAAAUCGAGAGGGAGUACCACUUCACAGGUGAUAGUGUGUGGGACAGGAAUGACAGCCCGAGUAAAAAGACCCCUGAGGAGUUGAGUAGAGAGACCGAUGAAUGGAGACACAAUCAAACGAAGCAUCCGUUGAAUGAUGAGGUGGCGACGCCGGUGCCGGGGUGGGUGGAUGGAGUCUGUGGGGUUGAUGGGGAAAUUCGAUGGAUCAUCCAGGAUACGUGUCAAUUCGUCGACGAGCAGCAUGGAACUGAUGGCUCGUCGCUCUUAAACUCGACCGAAGGCUCAAUGAAUGACAACAAUCGCCAGGAAUUGCCUCGAAUUGGUCCAAUCAAACUACCCCCAUUCCCAUUCUGCAUUCGCCUAUGAACCCGCGUUAUUAACUGGUUAUUUGACAAGCGUUAAUUACGACGAGAUGAAUUUUUAGUUGUUUAUAAAAUGAUACUACUGUCAAAAAUGCCUUUGGAGUGUUGGGCUACGAUUGAACCACAAUGUUGGUAUUUACUUGAAAAGCUCAUAUGGAAGGUUAUCAUGUUCCAUAUUUUAUUAAUUAAAAAUUUUAUUUAAUUUUAUUAAUUAAAAAAAGGAAAAUUUUUAAUUUGGAAAACUGCCAUUAUUUUUUUUACCAUUCUACGUUAAAGUUUUCAUUUUAAUUUGUAGUAUAAAUACAGGGAGAGGGUAGUUUAUAAUCGAUGAAGACAAAUAGCAUUUUGUAACAUUGCAAAAUCAUCAACAUCGAAGAAACGCCAAUUUAUUUUUGAGCAGAACGAUUUUUUUUAAUGAACUUUGCAAAAUUUAUGAUAUAGGAUUUUGUAGAAAGUGGAAAAUUUAAUUUUGCUGGGGUAAAAACGAAGAAAACGAUUCGUUUUAGUAGAAAAACGAAACGAGUGUUCGAAAAUUUUAGUGAUGUUCUGGUACUUAUUUAAGUUGUUUAUCGAAAAUUUUGGGAAAAAUUUUAUACGAGGGAUAAAAUUAAAAUUCAGUGGGGUAAAAUGAAAACUUGAAUAAAUGGUACAAUAAAAAAUGGAGAAGAGACAAUUUUGGGAGGUUUUUAAAUUUGAAAAUAAUCUGUCACUACAAUUUUAUUUUUAAAUUAAUUUCGUGUGGCCAACAGAUGAUGAGACACUGAAUUAAAGGAACUCAUUCAGUAAAGGGUGUCUUUUGGGGGUGGGGGAGUGGGGGAAUUUUGUGGUGACCUGAUGACGUUUACGAAAGCAAUUGUUAAUUGGGUGUAAUGACGUGAACUGAGUGUGAUUUUAUCGACGAAGAUGAAAUACUGAUGGGUGUGAAAUAAAAAUUCAUUUUGUUGGUUUAAAAAAAUUUGGAAAUAAUUUGUUUCAUUUGGGGGACUAGAAUAUUCCGUAAUUUCUUCAUUGAGACGUGUCGAUGACGCUCAAAAAUCGAUUGAACCGGUGAAUUUCAGUUCAACUAUUCUCGAAAAUUUGGAGUAAUAAAAGAAAGUUCAUCAUUGUUAUCAUGACUUCAUUGUUAUCAUGACUUAAAAAUUGCUCGAGCUUUUGUCACCGUUACCUGCCUCGGGGAUUUUUACUUCCUCUCCAGGAAACAUCGGGGUCCGGUCGCUACGAGGAUUCGUGGA